AUGUCCCCAAUGGGGAUUGCUCCAAAACGUCGCUUGAUGACGGCUGCUCAGCGAAAGGAAUGUCAUAAAGAAAUACCUAAUGAGUUGACGUUUGAAGCUGCGUGGAAAGUUUUCAUGCUAAAUAAGUCAGCUUGUCACUUGCAUUCUGUUCCAAAUCCCAAAACAAAGAAUUGUCGAGAGAAUCCCUAUUGUCUGGAGCGUUUGGGACUUCAAAAAUGGGAUAAACUUUUACAAAAUAUCGAAAAUGAAAAAAAAGUUAAUGAAGCAAUGAACGGUCGAAGAGAUAUUGAAAAAAUGCCAUGUGGGCUAGUAAAUUUGGGAAAUUCCUGUUAUGUUAACAGUUUUUUGCAGAUUUUUUUCAAUGAUCCAUUUUUUCGCCGAUGCAUUUAUGAUUGGAGACCUGUCGAUAAUUUUGUUCAGCCAGUAGGCGAAACUAUUAAUAUAGAGGAACUUAUGCUUUGCUUACAAAAGCUAUUUGUGACGCUUCAAAUAACGCCUUACGAAGAUACGAAUGCUGAAGCUCUUGUAAAGUUGUUGAGAUUGGAUGGCAACCAACACGAUGCUCUUGAGUUUCAAAUUUUGCUUUUUGGGAAAAUCGAAAAAUUGCUAAGCUGUAAAGAAGAAUGGCGAAGUGUUAGAGAAGCAAUUAUGAAUCAUUUCAAGGGAAUAAUAAAACAGACGAUUUCUUGUAAAUGUGGUCGGAAAAGCGUUCGUGAAUUGCCAUUUAACCCUUUUUAUCUAGGAAUUGAUAAAGUUAAAUCAUUGUCCAAAGCAAUUGAAAAUUAUUUUUCAGCUGAAGAGCUUCCCGAUUAUAAGUGCGAUGCCUGUGAAUCAGUAGGUUGCACAAAAAGUCGCCUUAGUAUAAGCGAACCGCCGCCAGUAUUAAUUAUACAGCUCAAUCGUUUCACUUAUGAUAUGACGGGGAGGAAGAGAAAAGUGCAAUCAGCACUUCAAUACCCAAGAACUUUGGUUCUUGGUGGUGUGCCUUACGACAAUUGUGCUGUUAUGAUUCACGAGGGACCCAAUGCUGAUAGUGGUCAUUACUAUGAUUUAAUUAAGCAUCCUGGUACUGGCCAAUGGUUCACUUAUAACGAUGAAGUUGUAAAAGCAUCACCAACUCCUGGUGUUUCUACUGAAAAAGAUCGAAUCUCAAGGAUAACUGCAGAUAUGAAAGGAUGUUAUGCAUUAAUUUAUCGAAGAAAAUGUGAUACAGAUAUAAGUAUCCCGGAUGUGCCAUCUUAUAUUGCUGAAAUGGUCGCUGCUAAGCUGGAAGAAGAUUUUAUUGCCCAAACAAGCGAAUCGGCCGAAACGUCGCAAAGAUCGAUGAAGAAAUUUGAAGAAUAUCAUAACCGCAUACUUAUUUUAUGGUCAGAAUUGCAGGUAAAGUUUUCUUUUUUUGCUUUUUAUAAAUGUUUUUUCCAAUUAUUUCAGGUUUCAGACGGUUGUUCUGCUUUAAUGAAUCCCGAAUCUAUUGUCUUUUUACCAACUAAUUUACUUAUGAAUAUUCAGCGAAAAGAGUUAAACGAAGUAUCAAGAAAAGAUCCGGACUCACCGAAUAAAAAUGAAAAAUUUGAUGAAGAUAUGGAAAAUAUUAAUCUAAAUGAGAAAGAACUUAGUUCUUCAAUAACUUUGUGUAUUCAUGGUAAUAUAUCAUUAGAAAGCGUUCGAAGCGGACAGGUAAAAGCAGUGAAUAGAAAAGCAGCCAAUAUCUUGCUAGAUUUUUAUCAGAUCAUUCUAAAAGCUACAUCUGGUAUCGAAUCGCGAUUAAGGACAGGGAAUGAUAUAUGUAUCGAUUGCAUAUCGGAGUUAAAAUCAGAGAGCGAAUUUUCCUCGUUGAUUGAAAAAAAAGAAAAAUUGGCCAAGCAGUUGCUGCGUGAAAGAAAUAAACGGUAUUUCUUAAAUAAUUCAUUUUAUCAUUCGGAUGACUGUGUUUGGGUAUCAACACGUUCUUUGUCUCAUUACCGACGACUAGCCUUUUAUGCAAGAGAACAGCGCGCAAAAGUUGAUCGUGAACCUUCUGAACUUAUUUUUUCUUCGGCUUCCAAUCGUUCAUUUGAUAAAAAUUUUGUUAACAGUAUAUCUGUUAUUGAAACGCGUCCUAAGGAACUGAUUUCUAAUGAGGAAGAGCAUAUAAGAUUUGCUGAUUCAGAUAAUGAAAAUGGGAAUUCAUUCGUUUUAAAAAAAAGAAAAAUAGACAAGAAUUCAGAAAGUUUGGAGCGCGAAACAAUUCGCCAUUGCAUUGAUGAAAUACUUUGCAAAAUUAAUAAUUCACUGAGUACUUCACAAAAAGAUAUCGAAACAAAUAAACCGUUCCCAUCAUCCAGCAGUUUGAUAAAUGAAACAUAUAUUAACUCAUCCUCAAAUAUGAAUGAAAAUUUCGAAAUUCACCCUGACCUGAUUAACGGUCAUAAUGGAAGCACGGAAGUGGAUGAAAUGGUUUCUUUACAUGAUUCAGUGGAUAAUUUUAAUUCCGAAAAUGGUUUAAAUAGUACUGAGGAUCAAAGUAUUCAAGAGGAUUCCUUUGUUAUUUUUAAUGGUGAUCUUCUUUGUCCUCAUGGAAAUUUUGAUUUCGAAUCGUGGAAAACGAAAGAAAGAAGGAUUGUUGUCGAUAAAUCUGAGUGGCAAUAUCUUGUAAAUCGAAUUUUUGAUCGUAAUCAGUUGUAUUAUAUUAGUGUUGAUGAGUUACCAUGUUCCAUUUGUGAAAUGCAGUUCAAGGCUAUUCUAUGUUCUAAAUUUUUUGAUCUUUGGUACAAGCUAUCUUUUUUUCAGUGCAGAAUAGAUGACAAUGAAGGAAAAGAACGUCGUGUCAAAGAAAUUAAACUAGCGAUUGGUGAUCUUAUCCGUAGUGUUGCUCGUCGAAAAUCAGAUAUCGCACUUUAUAAUAAUCAGUACGAACGUGCUGUUUGCAAGAAUUUCUUGAGAAAAAUGAUUGCUCGUUUUCGAUCACAUAAUCGUUGCCUUAACACUCCUACAAUAUGUCAAGAAUGCAUUCUUUGCUCGGAACAUGGAAUGCCGAAUGCUCCAUUGGAUACUGAAAGCUUGGCUGUACCUGUGACAUUGAAAGAAUGGCAGAAAAUUUUGUCUGCUUUAAAUAUCGAGGAAGAGGAUGCUAUGGAAAUAAAAAUUAAUAAUGGAAGAUUUGAAUCUUUUUGCGAUUUUUGUUUUCAUCAAGAGCAAAUGAAAAUGGAUAACCAACAUUUUGUUUAUGAAAAAGGAGCAGAAAUUUUCGUAAAAUUGAAAAACGAUCAAAAUGAUGAACCUGCUGUCAAGAGUACUGGUGUUUCUGAAGAUUUUUUGGCUUCCUCUUCAAUUUCCCCAAAAAGCAUACGUGCUGCUGUAACCCGACGAGCUCUUGCUAAAAAUUCAAUGAAAUUCUGGAUGAAUUCAUCAAAUACAAUCUGGGAAUUAAAGCUGAAAAUUUAUGCACAUACUGGACAGUUACCAAAUGAUCAGCUUAUUUAUUUGAAAGAUCGGCUUCUAAAUGAUAAUGAUACCUUAGAGCAGUCUCGAGUUGAUCCACGUGAACUUUUGCAGUCGCCUUUGGUUCUAAUUGUCCAACAACCAGUUGGGACGCCUGAUGAACCACGUCAAAUUGAAAGAGGAUUUGCAGAUACUGCUUUAUCUCACAAUUAA